GAUGACUCAUACGAAUCUUAAGCGACAUAUAGUAUUCGACGAGCGAGAGACUCGAAAACAUUUAAUCCUUCCAUGUCCGAAUAGAGAACGAUCUUGAUAGAGACAGCAAGUCAGACGUCGAAUGGUAGCCUAGCGUACAGUAUUCGUAGAAGGUUCGUUGCAAGGGUGGCUAGGCGAGGGGCAAAGGAGAAGCGAGAAGCCGAGGUCCGUCGGUAUCGAUCGGGCGUCUGUGGUAGAUUGACACGUGUCAUGGCCGCCUCUCUCGGUGGCGGAGAGAACGAAAGGAAGGAAAGCGAGAGAAGGACGGCGGUCGCCGUGAGAAACCGCGGAAUAAGGGAGAGGAAGUGAGAAGGAACAGCGGCGACGGCGGGUAGCGAAGCGCGCGAAGGUGGAGGAGGCCGUCGAGAGGGUGGCUGGCCGGAGAGGGAGGGAAAAGGACAUUAAGCUCAGUUUUACAUAAAAAUUAAUCAAUGGAAGGUUACGAAGAUGAUGAUGAUACUCAUUUUUGCAUCAAAUGUAAUUUGACAGUACACGGUCUCGACAAUUAUGUACGGCAUCGUCGAUCAGGUUGUCGACCUCCUGACGAUAAAAAUGAGACUGUUCACGAGUCACCUUCGACGCCGACGACGGUAUCCUAUCCCGAAAUUUUAAACGCAGACGCGUUCUUUAGUUCGCUGGAGCUACAGAGCAGCGCAAAAUCAAAUCCUCGACGAGCGCCGAUUUUACUGGAUAAUAAUAGAAAAUUUAAAAAAGAGGAUAGAAGAAAGAAGGAAAAAAAUCAGGUGGAUGUUGGCGCGAAGGAUAAGCUUCACAGUAUGUCACCUGCCGUCAGCGAUCUGGACGAUCCAACUGAUAAUCUAUGCAUCCAAUCCCUCAAACCAACCGAUCGAAAGAGGCAGGAGAAUCCUCAGCGAAUAGUGUCGGAUCAACAGAAUUGGUUGGACGACACCAUUCUUGCCGAUCUCGCUUUGGGAAAUAGCGAGAACAAGGAGCUAGCGAGAUAUGAUUUCGAGUACCAACAGGACGACGAAUCUGAGGAUGACAUGCUAGACGACGACUUGGGGGAAGAUGACUCCUAUUCAGAUUCUGACGACGGUGAAAAUCAGGAGCGUCCACCGCGAGAUCAUACAGGCGGAAAGUGGAAACCUGGACUCGGCGAUUUGCCACAGGACAUGCCACAUAUGCAUGAGGAGGAUGUGGAUCCUGACGAUGAUCAUCAAGAACAUCCACCGCCAACGUAUACCGGUGGCAAAUGGAAACCUACGGAGACAUCGCAGAGACAUCGAUCAUUGCAGAAGAUCGAGGAAUACGAGAGCAAGAACACAUCCGGACAGCCACCGCCAGAACACACGCGAGGGAAAUGGGUACCGGGUGCACGAACGGAUAUCGAAUCGGGAUAUUGGUGCAUUCCUUGCGGCAGGAAGCUUGCCUCACGAUUGGUCUACAACAGGCAUGUGCUUUCUGCUUUGCACGCCAGAAGGAGCAUUAAAGAGAUCGACGACGGUCUCCAUUUACCGCGCAGAAUAAAGUUGCGCGCGAGCAAAAGAAUGUCCACUCGUAGGCAGGCUUCCUUCACAACGAGGACGACAGACGUACCCGAGCAAAAGAAAAUUAAGAAAGGUUUGCGUCAAAGAGACAAGGAGAUUGUCCCAUGUGCGAUGUGCCACGCGCGCGUAAAGAGGCUUCAGAUGGGUAAACAUUUGCUUUCCCAUUAUCAUUGCCGUGUGGCAGGAGUGAAUCCUUGCAGUCCAAAUGCACGUCGCUUUCUGCUGGAUAACAUAGCGAAUGUAGUACGACAGUGCCCUUUCCAAUGCGCUCCUUGUCGUUUUUACUGCAACACCGAGGAAACGUUCUUGCUUCAUUGGCGUUCUGAUCUUCACAUCAAGACCUUAAAACUAAGUGGUGGUAGAUAUAGAUGUAAUUCAUGCGAUUUUUGGUGCGAAGACAGCAAGAUGAUGGAAUCUCAUCUUUUGAGUAUGAGUCAUCGCGAUGUGAUAUCGAUGAUGAACGGCUCAGUGCCGAUCGUAAUUAGUCGUCAAGAAGCAUUAUUUUGCGGUAGUUGCAAUCGGCAAUUCCGAUACAAUUUCCAGCUACGAUUACAUGCCAAAGAGACCGGUCACGACGCAAGUUAUACCGCAUCAGAUGAAUAUCAACAACGUAUCAAAUGCGAUCUGUGUCCCCAAAUUGUCCGAUCCUUGGUUGCGCUUCAACGUCAUCAAUUAAUCUGUCACAUCGCCAAGGACAAAGAAAAGAAUGAAGUCGCAGAGAUUACUCAACCGGCGCCAUAUUUCUGCUCUUUCUGCUCGAUGAAUUUCAUCACCGCCCAAGAAGCAGUAGUACAUCGAAGAACUUCUAGUCACAAAGAGGUUGUAAAAGCGCGCAAGAUUGAAGAAGGACUAUUGGAAAUCGUGACGCGAAAAUGUCCUCAUUGCGACGAAAAACAGUCAAGUCUUGCAGCGCACAAAAGUCAUCUUCUCCAGAAUCAUCCAGAACUUUGUCACAGAUGUCCUCGAUGUGGCAUGCAGUUUGCCCUGUCGCAAGAUGUCACUAAACAUACGCGAGAAGGUAAUUGUAUCGAGAAUAAUAAAUCCAAUACGACUGAAAGAAUAGACGUGAAAAAAGAAUGGAAAUGCAAUGACUGCAUCUUUUCAACGGAUUCUCGAAGUGAAUUCAUUUUUCAUGAAGCCCUUCAUGUUGGUACAGUUUCAAUUGACAAAGGAACAUCUACUUCGAACAAGUUAUUACCGAAAUAUUGGUGCCCGAUUUGUAAAAAGGCUUUUGCGAAAGUUACGCUACGGAAUCACAUCAGACAACAUACUGGAGAGAAGCCCUUUUCCUGCAUCAAGUGUUCAAUCUCAUUCUCGAGAAGAGCGGAUCUCAUCGCGCAUCAAAAGCUAUGUGCUUCCUCGUCACCAGGAUCUCUGGACAAAACUGGCCGUCGGAGAAGCUUCAUCUGUUCGGAGUGCACGGAAGGUUUUUAUACAAAACAUUCCCUUCGACAGCACAUACUACGUCACGCUGGUAAAAAGUACAAGUGUGGACUUCCGGGAUGUCCUACGAUUCUUCGUAGCGCAUCUGAAUUAAAAAGCCACCGAAGAUUGGUUCAUGACAACAUCGAGAAACAAUAUCCCUGUUCUAAUUGCUCUUAUGCUGCAAAAACGAAGACACAAUUGGACAGACAUAGGAUGAGGCAUCAAGAUUCUACAAACGCCGAGAAGAUUCAAACUCACUUUUGCACUUACGACGGUUGCAAUUUUAAGACGAAAAUCAGUUCUCACUUACGAAGACACAUGCGAUUGCAUACAGGCUCCAAACCAUACAAAUGUCGCCAUUGUUCCUAUGCGAGUAACACUUUGGAAAAUCUUCGAAAGCACAUACUAUCAACAAAUUUACAUCCAGGUAAGACAAUUUAUGCUUGCGAUUUUUGCAAAGGAAAGACGUCGAAGCCAUUCUGCACGAAUUUUACCAAAGAACUUCGUGCUCACUUGUUGGAAGUUCACGCAAAGGACUUUCCGACAUCAAAUGAUGCAAAUAAUUACGUCUUCGGAAUUUUUUCCGUCAAUUCCAACGUCAACGUUUCUAAUACAUCCAAUUAAUCAAAAAAAAGUACCAAAAAGAUAGCAAUUAUUUAAUUUAUAUACAUAAUUUGAUUAAGUCGGUCCUAGCUUCAUUGAUAAAACAUAAGAAUAUAUUAAACAUAUAAAUAA